AUCCAAGCUCAUGGUUGCAACUUGCAUGAUCUUGAAUGUAAUUUAGUAUUUGUAGUAUUACUUGUUAUUGUUAUGUGAAAGUCACAAUGCUAAUAAUCUUUUAGUGCUAUGGAUUCUUAAAAUUCAAUGAGUUUUUAUGGUUUCAACUUUCAUGGUGUCGCGUGAGUUAAUUCAGAGCAUUUCCAUGUUUGGUGGAGUGUGGGGGUUUAAUGAUUUCUCUCUUUGGUAUCUGAUUUUAAUUACUGUUGCGAGGUCAAUGGUUUUUCUUUUAAUUAGCAUUUAUUUCUUAGUUGAAAGAUCCAAAUUUCAGGGCUCAACAUUGGUUUUGGCCUUGAUUCAUGGCAUUUAUUAACCAUCACUAAAUUUAAGAUAUUUUUUUAAAAUUUUGUUUCUCAUUCUUGUAAUUGUAGUAUUUUUUAAGCCUUGGAUUGAAGACUGAGGAGCUAACCUAACGCCACUGAUUAGGGUGUAAACUGUGUAAGCGGAAAGUGAAGGGGAAAUAUAAAAAGGCAAUGAUGUUGAGGUGGGCAAAGAUGUCUGAUGGAAAAGGUGAUCACUGUGACAGUGAGGAGAUGGAGAUGGGGUUCAAUGUUUUGGGUGGUGGUGAUGAAAUUGUCAAGUCCAAGAGGUUGAUUGUGAGACCUGGGAUCAAGGUGUGGAUGGCCCGUGCCAUCACUACAGUGAUACUUUGGACUUGUGUGGUUCAGCUGAUGGCAAUUGGGGAGUUGAGGGGACCAAGGUUGUUGAAGGGCAUGCCUUAUUGUUUCAGCCACCAAGAUGCAUCUCAACCUAUGUCAAACGCUUAUGUUCCUGCAAGAGUUGUGCUCCCACCAAAAAGGAUUCAUAAGAAUAAUGGUUAUCUUGUAGUUUCAUGCAAUGGAGGACUCAACCAAAUGCGAGCAGCAAUAUGUGACAUGGUUGCUAUUGCAAGACAUUUAAAUGUUACUCUCAUAGUUCCAGAGCUGGAUAAAACUUCUUUCUGGGCUGAUCCAAGUGAGUUCCAAGACAUAUUUGAUGUAGAUAAUUUCAUUGGAUCCUUAAGAGAUGAAGUUAGAAUAUUAAAGCAACUACCACCUAGGCCCAAGAGAAGAGUUGAACGAGGAUUAUUCUACUCAUUGCCUCCAGUUAGCUGGUCCAAUAUUUCUUACUAUGAAAAGCAGAUCCUGCCUCUGUUACUGAAACACAAGGUUGUGCACCUGAAUAGAACAGAUGCUCGACUUGCGAAUAAUGGGCUGCCUCUGGAGAUUCAAAAGCUGCGAUGCCGAGUGAAUUUUAAUGCUCUGAGGUUUACUUCCCAGAUAGAGCAACUUGGUAGGAGGAUAAUCAGAAUUUUGAGGGAAAAGGGACCCUUCCUUGUACUUCAUCUUAGAUAUGAGAUGGACAUGUUGGCCUUCUCUGGCUGUACUCAUGGAUGUGACGGCAGGGAGGUGGAGGAACUCACAAGAAUGAGGUAUGCUUAUCCCUGGUGGAAGGAAAAAGUCAUUAAUUCUGAGCUUAAGAGACAAGAUGGCUUAUGCCCUUUGACACCUGAGGAAACUACACUAAUAUUGACAGCUCUAGGCAUAGAUCAAAAUAUCCAAAUUUAUAUUGCUGCUGGAGAAAUAUAUGGCGGACAGAGAAGGAUGGCAAGUUUGCAAGCAGCUUUUCCUAAUUUGGUGAGGAAGGAAACUCUGUUGGAACCUUCGGAUUUGAUGUAUUUUCAAAACCACUCAUCACAAAUGGCUGCACUGGAUUACCUUGUGUCUCUAGAGAGUGAUAUAUUCAUUCCAACAUAUGAUGGCAACAUGGCUAAAGUUGUGGAAGGCCAUCGAAGAUUUUUAGGCUUCAAAAGGACUAUAUUGCUUGAUAGAAAGCAUUUGGUGCACCUCAUAGACCUAUACACCAAAGGGUCAUUAAGCUGGGAUGAGUUUUCCAUUAUGGUGAAGAAAUCUCAUGCCAAUAGGAUGGGAAACCCCAAGAGAAGAGUUAUCAUCCCAGGCAGACCCAAAGAAGAAGACUAUUUUUAUGCGAAUCCUCAAGAGUGUUUGCAAUUUCAAGAUGACCCAUUCAGCAACACAUGAUCUUAAUUAUCUCAUCUAACACGUGCCUCCUUGAUACAGUUUCCUCCAUCAGAAGGCAAUGCCAAUUGGUAUUUACUUCAGGGGGAGGGCCCUCAUUCUGUACAUGAAUUAGGUUCUCAAUGAAAGCAAGAAAUUGUGUGGCUAUUCCUCACUAGAAUCAUUAAGAUAAAUUGGAUAAAUUUCAUGUGUUGAGGAACAGGUUCUUGUGUAAAGCAACAGCAAAGUGGAGUUAUAUCUUCCAUAGUGUAAAGAAGAGCAAAAGAUAUAUUAUUACUAAUAACUCUUGUCUUUUUCUAAUUUCAAAGAUGGUUCUUCACAUAAUACUCAAAGUUGAGCCUUGAAAUAAUACAAGAUGUAAAAGAACAA